GGAGGAGGAGGUGGAGGAGGAGGGCUGCGUGAGGAAGUAUAAGAAUGAAGUUGUGGAGCUGAGAUUCCCCUCCCUCGGGACCGCAGAGACCAGGAAAGCCCCCCGGCAGCCGCGCGCCCCUUCCCUGGGGGCCCUUCCCGGCACCCCGCGCCCCGCGCCCUCGCAGCCGGGUCCAGCCGGAGCCAUGGGGCCGGAGCCGCAGUGAGCACCAUGGAGCUGGCGGCCUGGUGCCGCUGGGGGCUCGUCCUCGCCCUCUUGCCCCCCGCAGCCGCGGGCACCCAAGUGUGCACCGGCACAGACAUGAAGCUGCGGCUCCCAGCCAGUCCUGAGACCCACCUGGACAUGCUCCGCCACCUCUACCAGGGCUGUCAGGUGGUGCAGGGUAACCUGGAACUCACCUACCUGCCGGCCAAUGCCAGCCUCUCCUUUCUGCAGGACAUCCAGGAGGUGCAGGGCUAUGUGCUUAUCGCUCACAACCGGGUGAGGCAGGUCCCACUGCAGAGGCUGCGGAUUGUGCGAGGCACCCAGCUCUUUGAGGACAGCUAUGCCCUGGCCGUGCUAGACAAUGGAGACAAUGCCACCCCUGCCACAGGGGCCUCCCCGGAGGGGCUGCGGGAGCUGCAGCUUCGAAGCCUCACAGAGAUCCUGAAAGGAGGGGUCUUGAUCCGGCGGAACCCCCAGCUCUGCCAUCAGGACACGAUUUUGUGGAACGACAUCUUCCACAAGAAUAACCAGCUGGCUCUCACGCUGAUAGACACCAACCGCUCGCGGGCCUGCCACCCCUGUUCUCCAGCUUGUAAAGCCUCCCACUGCUGGGGACAGAGUUCCGAGGACUGUCAGAGCUUGACACGCACCAUUUGUGCCGGUGGCUGCGCCCGCUGCAAGGGCCCGCUGCCCACGGACUGCUGCCACGAGCAGUGUGCUGCCGGCUGCACGGGCCCCAAGCACUCCGACUGCCUGGCCUGCCUCCACUUCAACCAUAGCGGCAUCUGUGAGCUGCACUGCCCAGCCCUGGUCACCUACAACACAGACACCUUUGAGUCCAUGCUCAACCCCGAGGGCCGUUAUACGUUCGGUGCCAGCUGUGUGACUGCCUGUCCCUACAACUACCUGUCUACGGAUGUGGGAUCCUGCACCCUGGUCUGCCCCCUGCACAACCAAGAGGUGACAGCUGAGGACGGAACACAGCGGUGUGAGAAGUGCAGCAAGCCCUGUGCCCGAGUGUGCUAUGGUCUGGGUGUGGAGCACCUUCGAGAGGCGAGGGCUGUCACCAGUGCCAACAUCCAGGAGUUUGCUGGCUGCAAGAAGAUCUUUGGGAGCCUGGCAUUUCUGCCGGAGAGCUUUGAUGGGGACCCAGCCUCCAACACCGCCCCCCUACAGCCAGAGCAGCUCCGAGUGUUUGAAACCCUGGAGGAGAUCACAGGUUACCUGUACAUCUCGGCAUGGCCGGACAGCCUGCCUGACCUCAGCGUCUUCCAGAACCUUCAAGUAAUCCGGGGACGAGUUCUGCACGAUGGCGCCUACUCGCUGACCCUGCAAGGGCUGGGCAUCAGCUGGCUGGGGCUGCGCUCGCUGCGGGAACUGGGCAGUGGCCUGGCCCUCAUCCACCGCAACGCCCGCCUCUGCUUCGUACACACGGUGCCCUGGGACCAGCUCUUCCGGAACCCGCACCAGGCCCUGCUCCACACUGCCAACCGGCCAGAGAACGAGUGUGUGGGCAAGGACCUGGCCUGCUACCCGCUGUGUGCCCACGGGCACUGCUGGGGUCCGGGGCCCACCCAGUGUGUCAACUGCAGCCAGUUCCUUCGGGGCCAGGAGUGCGUGGAGGAGUGCCGAGUACUGCAGGGGCUCCCCAGGGAGUAUGUGAAUGGCAGGCACUGUCUGCCAUGCCACCCUGAGUGUCAGCCCCAGAACGGCUCAGUGACCUGCUUUGGAUCGAUAAUUCGCUUCCCUCUCCGGGAGCCUCCAGUUCUUCAUCUGAAGCCCCCGCCCAGGACCAGGCUUGAAGGAGGCCCCAGAGGGAGGGUCCACAGAGCCUGGGAGAAGAGCAGGGCUGACCAGUGCGUGGCCUGUGCCCACUACAAGGACCCUCCCUUCUGCGUGGCUCGCUGCCCCAGCGGUGUGAAACCUGACCUCUCCUAUAUGCCCAUCUGGAAAUUUCCGGAUGAGGAGGGCACGUGCCAGCCGUGCCCCAUCAACUGCACCCACUCCUGCGUGGACCUGGAUGACAAGGGCUGCCCUGCUGAGCAACGAGCCAGCCCUCUGACGUACAUCAUCCCCGCUGUGGUGGGCAUUCUGCUGGCCGUGGUCUUGGGGCUAGUCUGUGGGAUCCUAAUCAAGCGAAGGCAGCAGAAAAUCCGGAAGUACACAAUGAGGAGGCUGCUGCAGGAAACAGAGCUGGUGGAGCCGCUGACGCCAAGUGGAGCGAUGCCCAACCAGGCUCAGAUGCGGAUCCUGAAAGAGACAGAGCUAAGGAAGGUGAAGGUGCUUGGAUCCGGAGCAUUCGGCACCGUCUACAAGGGCAUCUGGAUUCCUGAUGGGGAGAAUGUGAAAAUCCCAGUGGCCAUCAAAGUGUUGAGGGAAAACACAUCCCCCAAAGCCAACAAAGAAAUCUUGGACGAAGCAUACGUGAUGGCUGGUGUGGGCUCCCCGUAUGUCUCCCGCCUCCUGGGCAUCUGCCUGACAUCCACGGUGCAGCUGGUGACACAGCUCAUGCCCUAUGGCUGCCUCCUGGACCACGUCCGGGAACACCGCGGGCGCCUGGGCUCCCAGGACCUGCUGAACUGGUGUGUGCAGAUUGCCAAGGGGAUGAGCUACCUAGAGGAUGUGCGGCUUGUGCACCGGGACCUGGCCGCCCGGAACGUGCUGGUCAAGAGUCCCAACCAUGUCAAGAUUACCGACUUCGGGCUGGCUCGCCUGCUGGACAUUGACGAGACAGAGUACCACGCCGAUGGGGGCAAGGUGCCCAUCAAGUGGAUGGCGUUGGAGUCCAUUCUCCGCCGGCGGUUCACCCACCAGAGUGAUGUGUGGAGUUACGGUGUGACUGUGUGGGAGUUGAUGACUUUUGGGGCCAAACCUUACGAUGGGAUCCCAGCCCGGGAGAUCCCUGACCUGCUGGAGAAGGGGGAGCGGCUGCCCCAGCCCCCAAUCUGUACCAUCGAUGUCUACAUGAUCAUGGUCAAAUGUUGGAUGAUUGACUCUGAAUGUCGGCCGAGGUUCCGGGAGUUGGUGGCCGAAUUCUCCCGCAUGGCCAGGGAUCCCCAGCGCUUUGUGGUCAUCCAGAAUGAGGACUUGGGCCCGGCCAGCCCCUUGGACAGCACCUUCUACCGCUCGCUGCUAGAGGAUGAUGACAUGGGGGACCUGGUGGAUGCUGAGGAGUAUCUGGUACCCCAGCAGGGCUUCUUCUGCCCAGACCCUGCCCCAGGCGCUGGGGGCACAGCCCACCACAGGCACCGCAGCUCGUCCACCCGGAGUGGCGGUGGUGAGCUGACGCUGGGGCUGGAGCCCUCUGAAGAGGAGCCCCCCAGGUCUCCACUGGCGCCCUCAGAAGGGGCUGGCUCUGAUGUGUUUGAUGGUGACCUGGGAAUGGGGGCAGCCAAGGGGCUGCAAAGCCUCCCUCCACAUGACCCCAGCCCUCUACAGCGGUACAGUGAGGACCCCACAGUACCCCUGCCCUCUGAGACUGAUGGCUACGUUGCCCCCUUGACCUGCAACCCCCAGCCUGAAUAUGUGAACCAGCCAGAUGUUCGGCUGCAGCCCCCACUACCCCUAGAAAGCCCUGUGCCUCCUGCCCGACCUGCUGGUGCCACUCUGGAAAGGCCCAAAACUCUCUCCCCAGGGAAAAAUGGGGUUGUCAAAGACGUUUUUGCCUUUGGGGGUGCCGUGGAGAACCCCGAGUACUUGGCACCCCGGGGAGGGGCUGCUCCUCAGCCCCACCCUCCUCCUGCCUUCAGCCCAGCCUUUGACAACCUCUAUUACUGGGACCAGGACUCAUCAGAGCGGGGGUCUCCACCCAGCACCUUUGAAGGGACUCCAACAGCAGAAAACCCUGAGUACCUGGGCCUGGACGUGCCAGUAUGAAUGAGAAGGCCAAGUCCCCUGGGGCCCUGCUGUGCCCAUCACCAUGACUUCUAGCCCAUCACCACGAGGUGGGGAAGGGCUCUCCAGCCAUAUCCAGGGGAGCCUGCCAUGCCAGGAACCUGUCUGAAGGAACUUUUUUCCUGCUUGAGUUCCCCAGUGGCUGACAGGGGCCCAGCAUGGUGGAAGAUGGCAGCGCUGGGGAGCCUUGGUUGAUUGUGGAGCCCUGUGGACUCCAGGGUCCAAUGGAUGCCACUGUCAUAGUCGCCUCACCGGGGGUAGCAGUCCAGCCUGGCGCUCUACUUCCAGCUCCUCAGUACUUAAGGAUUUGGGGAAGCUGGCCUAGGAGGGGGAGAGGCCCCAGGGGAACAUCUAAGAGCAAGAGCAACCCCUCAGAGACUGUCCCUGACACCUACUGCUGCCCCCAGGAAGAAGAGAGCAGCAACAGCGUCCAGAUCCAGUCCUUGUACAGAGUGCUUUUUUGUUUUGUUUUUACUUUGUUGUUGUUUUUUUAAAGAUGAAAUAAAGACCCGGGGGAGAGUG